CUUGGGCAAGUGACUCCGUGUGUGUUGUGCCCACAGGAGAUGCUGCAGGAUAAGGGCCUGUCGGAGAGCGAGGAGGCCUUCCGGGCCCCGGGCCCAGCGAUCAGCGAGGCCACUGCCACAGCCAACGUCCCUGAGCCGGCGCUGGCCGCUCCAGGCCUCGGCGGAGCCACGCUCGGCAGCCCCCCGGGCCCGGGAGCCGACGUCGCCGCGGCAGCUGAGCAGACCAUCGAGAACAUCAAGGUGGGGCUGCAUGAGAAGGAGCUCUGGAAGAAGUUCCAUGAGGCGGGCACGGAGAUGAUCAUCACCAAGGCGGGCAGGAGGAUGUUCCCCAGCUACAAGGUAAAAGUCACAGGCAUGAACCCCAAGACCAAGUACAUACUGCUGAUUGACAUCGUCCCUGCUGAUGACCAUCGCUACAAGUUCUGUGACAACAAAUGGAUGGUGGCAGGGAAGGCUGAGCCAGCCAUGCCAGGGAGGCUGUAUGUCCACCCGGAUUCUCCUGCCACUGGGGCCCACUGGAUGCGACAGCUGGUCUCUUUCCAGAAGCUGAAGCUGACAAACAACCACUUAGACCCUUUUGGCCAUAUCAUCCUCAACUCCAUGCACAAGUACCAGCCGCGGCUGCACAUUGUCAAGGCUGAUGAGAACAAUGCUUUUGGUUCUAAGAACACAGCCUUCUGCACCCACGUGUUCCCAGAGACCUCCUUCAUCUCUGUGACCUCCUACCAGAAUCACAAGAUCACACAGCUGAAAAUUGAGAACAAUCCUUUUGCCAAGGGAUUCCGGGGCAGUGAUGACAGUGACCUGCGUGUGGCCCGGCUGCAGAGCAAAGAAUACCCUGUGAUUUCCAAAAGCAUCAUGAGGCAGAGGCUCGUCUCCUCCCAGCUCUCGGCCACACCGGACGUCAGCCCCCUGCUCGGCGCUCACCAGGCGCUGCAGCACUACCAGCAUGAGAAUGGGGCGCACGCGCAGCUGGCUGAGCCACAGGACCUGCCCCUCAGCACCUUCCCCACCCAGAGGGACUCAAGCCUCUUCUAUCACUGCCUGAAGAGACGAGCAGACAGUACCCGCCACCUGGACUUACCCUGCAAGCGGUCCUAUCUGGAAGCUCCCUCUUCAGUGGGGGAGGAUCACUAUUUCCGUUCUCCACCUCCCUAUGACCAACAGAUGCUGAGCCCUUCCUACUGCAGUGAGGUGACCCCGAGAGAAGCCUGCAUGUACUCAGGUUCAGGGGCUGAGAUUGCCGGGGUGUCUGGGGUGGACGACUUGCCCCCCCCUCCGCUGAGCUGUAACAUGUGGACUUCAGUCUCACCGUACACCAGCUACAGUGUCCAGACCAUGGAGACUGUGCCUUACCAGCCCUUCCCCACGCACUUCACCGCCACCACCAUGAUGCCUCGGCUGCCCACCCUCUCCACUCAGAGCUCCCAGCCACCAGGAAACGCCCACUUCAGUGUCUACAAUCAGCUCUCACAAUCUCAGGUCCGAGAGCGGGGGCCCGCUGCCUCCUUCCCGAGAGAACGUGGCCUCCCCCCAGUGUGUGAGAGGAAGCCGCCCUCCCCACACCUGAAUGCUGCCAAUGAGUUUCUCUACUCUCAAACCUUCUCUUUGUCCCGAGAGUCUUCCUUACAGUAUCACUCAGGCAUGGGGACAGUAGAGAACUGGACUGACGGAUGACUUCCAUGUCUCCUGCACAGCCCUGGGACCGCGUUGCUCCAGUAUUAACCUCUGCGGGUGGCCUGCACUACCAAGAAACACAGG